AUGUUAAUUAAAGAGUUUCGUAUUGUUCUACCAAUGACGGUAGAUGAGUAUCAGGUGGCACAACUGUACUCUGUGGCUCACGCCAGCAAAAAUGAAACUGGUGGGGGUGAAGGAAUUGAAGUAUUAAAGAACGAACCGUUUUCUGCGACAGAAGGUGUCCAGCCGAAAUAUCCACUUUGUAAUGGUCGCUACACUGAAGGACAAUAUACUUUGAAAAUUUAUCAUUUAGCCAGCAAAGUUCCUAAUUAUCUUCGAUGGCUAGCCCCAAAAGGUUCUUUAGAAGUUAGAGAGGAAGCCUGGAAUGCAUUUCCGUAUUGUCGUACUAUAGUAACUAAUCCAGAGUAUAUGAAAGAUAAUUUUUUUAUAAAAAUUGAGUCUAUUCAUCUCCCUGACAGGGGUGAUACUCAGAAUGCUCAUGGCUUGGAUAAAGAAACUUUGAGUAAACGAGAAGUUAUUAAAAUUGAUAUUGCCAAUGAUGCUGUCGAUCCAGCAGAUCGGAAACCUGAUAUAAAUCCUUCUAUGUACAAGUCAGUAAAAACUGGACGAGGUCCACUAGCAGGAUAUUCUUGGGAUAAAACCUGUCAACCAGUCAUGUGUUGUUACAAACUCGUAACUGUUGAAUUUAAAUGGUGGGGAUUACAAAGUAAGGUUGAAAAAUUUAUUCAAAAAGGUGAAAGAAGGAUUUUUACUAAUUUUCAUAGGGAAGUUUUUUGUUGGACAGAUGAAUGGUUUGGAUUGACCAUGGCUGAUAUUCGGGCUUUAGAAGAUAAAACUAAAAAAGAACUCGAUCAACAGCUGCAUACAGGAGAAGUAAAAGGAACAAAAAAAUGUGCUGAUGAUGACUGA